AUGAUCGCCGGCACCCCCGGCGCGGCGGCGACGUCCGCGGCGGUGGUCAUCCUCGGCGCGGAGGGCGGCGCGCGCGGCCUCGUCCUCGGCGCGGGAUGCUACGCGAUCCUGUGCGUCGUCGCGCUCGUCGUCGACCUCGCGCGCGCGCGCCUCGCCCUCCGCGGCCGCGUCCCGAUCGUCCCGUGGCGCCCGAACCUGAUGUUCCGCGUGUACGCGACGAGCAAGCGCAGCCUGUUGGACCGCGUCUCGCGGAGGAUGGCGAACCCGGCGCGCGUCGGCGUCGGCGACGGCGACGGCGACGGCGACGGCGCGACGACGAAGGGAGGCGGCGGGGCGCUCGACGCGGAUCCUCCCGCGCGUCCUCAUCCUCCUCGCGCGUUCGGCACCGUCAUCGGGACGUGCCCGUUCGCGCACGUCGGCGGCGCGUCCCUGGCGCGCGCGGCCCUGCGCGCGCAGCCGGUGAAGGCGCCGCUGUACCGCGCGUUCGAGGCGUUCGCGGGGGGCGGGAUAUUCACCGAGGAGGGCGAACGAUGGGAGGCCAAGCGCGCGGAGGUGCUGCGAUCCUUCGCCGUCGUCGGCUUGGACGCGCUCGCGGAAGCGUCGACGCGCGUCGCGACCGAGCUCGCGAGGGAUAUCGAAGACAGCGCGUCGUCGUCGUCGGGCGUGGAGACCGAGAUGCUGCCGCGGCUGCAGCGCGCGACGUUGCGCGCGACGUUCGAGUAUCUCACCGGCGUCACCGUGCCCGAGGCGGCGGCGGCGGCGGCGGCGGUGGCGGCGGCGCGCGACCGCGCCAAACGCGCGACGUCCUCCUCCUCGCGAGGAGACCCCCUCGAGGUCCCCCUGCGCGGCGCGCCCGCGUCGUUCGCCGACGCGGAGGAGGACGAGGCGAGGCGGACCGCGGCGAGGUGGGAGGACGAGUACCUCGCCGCGGCGACGGCGUUGCGGCAUCUCAUCCCGGCGCGCGCGCGGAGCGUUUGGAUGGCGUCGGACUGGGCGUACCGGCUCUCUCCGGUGGGGAGGAUAGAGCGCAGGAGUAUACGCGCGGCGAGGAAGCUGCCGACGCUCGCGGUGCGCGUCGCGAAGCCGGGGUCGCCGUUGGACGUGUUAUCGAAGGGCGUCGCGCACGGCGGCGGCGGCGGCGGCGGCGGGGGAAAAGGCGCGAUUCGUCUUCGGCGCCGGCUGGCGCCGCGGAGAGACGACGACGACGGAUUCGGUCCGCCGCCUCCGAAGGCGCUGGUGGACGAGGCCGUGACGCUGCUCUUCGCCGGGCACGACACGCAGUCCGCGACAUUAUCCUGGGCGCUGCUUCGCCUGGCGUCGGACGAGAAGACGCAGACGCGUCUGAGAGACUCGAUCCUCGCCGACGCGGACGCGGCGCGCGACCUCGGGCUCGACGACCUUCUGCCCGCCGACGCGCCGCCCGUCGAUCGCGCCGUUUCGCGUCCGAGUCCAACAAGUGGGGACGCGAACCGUCGUCAGCGACAGCCCGCGUGGAGCGCCGCCGCGCGCGCGCCCGUCUUGGAGGCGGUCCUGCGCGAGACGUUGCGUCUGCACCCGGUGGCGCCGCUCGUGGUUCGGAAGCUGACUUCGGACGCCGUCGACGACGGCGACGCGACGUCGUCGGGGGGGACGACGACGCUGCCGGAAGGGUGCGCCGUGGGGGUGUGGCUCCACGCGGUGCACCGCGAUCCCGCGGUGUGGAGCGAACCGGAGACGUUCUCGAUAGGAAGGUGGCUCACGACCGCGAGGGCGUGGAGGGCGGAGAGAGCCGGGGCGGACGCGUCGCGCGAAGACGACGGCGGGAGUGGCGGCGUCGGCGGCGGCGACGACGAGCACGGCGACGACGUCGUCGUGCGGUUCAAGGGCGCGGGGUUCAUGCCGUUCGCGUCCGGCCCGCGCGCGUGCGUCGGGCAGCACCUCGCGUGGGUGUUCAUGCGGCUGACGUUGGCGCGGCUGGCGUGCGCGUUCGACGUGCGCCCGGGGUCGCGACGCGAAGGGGAGGAGGAGGGGGAGGAGGAGGAUCCGCUGACGCCGUCGGUGGGGUUCACGGUGACGCCCGCGAACGCCGCGCGCGUGCGGUUGAUUCCGCGGCGCGCGGGGCGAGCGUAG